CUUACUCUUCCUCUUUGCUACCUCCUUGCUCGCGCAAUUUCAUUGCCACAAUUUUCCAUAGCAGGAGAAAGCUCACAACUCAUAACUCACCACUCUCUUCAUAAUACUAUAAUCCCUAUACCAUGCCAUCAAUUGAUAUAGCCUGUAAGUUAUCCGAUUCAAACGAGAAAAAAUCAGAAAAAAAGAUGAAGAAGAAAAUCCACCUGGAAACUUCCGACGAGGAAAUGGUUUCAGUUUCCGAUAAGAAGCAACAGAAGAAGAAGGAUAAAGAGAAGAAGAAGCGGAAAGCCGAGGAGGUUGAUGAAGAAGUAAGAAGCGAGACGAGUUCGGAGCUUGUCGAGCCGAAUUUGAAGUCGGAUAAGAAAGCUAGUAAAAAGGCGAAGAUUGUUAAGGAAGAUGAUGAUAGUGAGGUGGAGAAAGUAACGGAGGAUCAUCAGUAUGCGAUUUCGAAGUUUCGAAUAUCAGAGCCUUUGAAAGUUAAGCUUAAAUCUAAAGGAAUUGAGUCUUUGUUUCCUAUUCAAGCUAUGACUUUUGAUGAUAUUUUGGACGGCUGUGAUUUGGUUGGUCGUGCUCGGACUGGUCAGGGUAAAACACUGGCAUUUGUGUUGCCUAUUUUGGAGUCUUUAACAAAUGGGCAGGCAAAAGCGUCGAGGAGGACAGGGUAUGGCAAGGCGCCCAGUGUUCUCAUUCUUCUUCCGACUAGGGAAUUGGCCAAUCAGGUAUUUGAUGACUUCAAAGUUUAUGGUGAGUCAUUGGGUUUGACAGCUUGCUGUUUGUACGGAGGAGCCUCCUAUAAUCCUCAAGAAAUGAGCUUAAAGAGAGGAGUGGAUAUCGUUGUUGGAACACCAGGCCGCAUAAAGGAUCACAUAGAGAGAGGCAACAUUGACCUUAGCUAUUUAAAGUUUCGUGUCCUGGAUGAGGCUGAUGAAAUGCUGAGAAUGGGCUUUGUUGAAGAUGUUGAACUUAUACUUGGAAAAGUUGCGGAUGUAACCAAAGUUCAGACACUUCUCUUCAGUGCCACCUUACCAAUUUGGGUUAAACAAAUUUCUUCUAAAUUUCUUAAAUCUUCUAAGAAGACCAUAGAUCUUGUUGGUAAUGAAAAAAUGAAGGCUAGUACCAAUGUUAGGCACAUCAUUGUUCCCUGCUCUCAAUCAGCAAUACUUCAACUUAUUCCUGAUAUAAUCCGUUGUUAUAGCAGUGGAGGCCGGACAAUUAUUUUCACUGAAAAAAGGGAAUCUGCAAAUGAACUUGCUGGUUUAUUAGAUGGAGCACGGGCUUUACACGGGGAGAUACAACAGUCUCAACGUGAGAUAACUCUUAAAGGCUUCAGGUCAGGAAAGUUUAUGACGUUGGUAGCUACAAAUGUGGCCGCUCGGGGACUGGAUAUUAAUGAUGUGCAAUUAAUUAUCCAGUGUGAACCUCCACGUGAUGUUGAAGCUUACAUUCAUCGAUCGGGACGAACCGGAAGAGCUGGAAAUACUGGGGUUGCUGUGAUGCUUUAUGAUCCAAGAAGGUCGAAUAUAUCUAAGAUUGAAAGAGAAUCUGGUGUGAAGUUUGAGCACAUUACCGCCCCUAAGCCAGCUGAUAUUGCUAAAGCUGUUGGUGCAGAAGCUGCAGAAAAAAUUACUCAGGUUUCUGACAGUGUUGUACCCGCUUUCAUAUCUGCAGCAGAGGAUAUGUUGAAUUCCUCGGGUUCGUCUGCCGUAGAACUUCUCGCAAAAGCACUUGCAAAUGCUGCUGGUUACACUGAGGUCAAGAGUAGAUCCCUUCUGUCAUCGAUGGAAAACCAUGUUACUUUACUCCUUGAAGCUGGAAGACCCAUCUACACGCCAUCGUUUGCUUUUAGCGUGCUGAGGAGAUUCGUGCCCGAGGAAAAGGUGGAGUUGGUAACGGGUAUGACCCUCACAGCCGAUGGGAAUGGUGCAGUUUUUGAUGUGGCUGAAGCAGAUAAGGAUAUUUUUCUUGCUGGUCAAGAAAAUGCAGCUAAUGUGAGCUUACAGGUGGUUAAAACAUUGCCUCCCUUACAAGAAAAAGAGCAAUCAAGGGGAAGAUUUGGUGGUGGUGGAGGUGGCCGUGGUGGUUGGGGUGGCCGUGGUGGAUCCUCUGGAGGUAGGGGUGGCCGAGGCAAUGGAUUUUCUGAUAGAAAGUUUGGUGGAAGAGGACGCAAUAGCAGUAGCAGAUGGUAAAAGGUCAUAAAUGUAUUAUCCGUUGAUAAUGGUGCUAAGUUGAGAGGAUGAAACUUACUGAUAAUGAAGAAAACAUGCUAUUGUAGAGCGGUGAAUUUUAAAUUUUGGAUUGGCUAACAUAGCAAUUAUAUUUUUUCUAUGUUCUAUUCGACCUUGUAUCUGUCUAUUUAUUAAGUGUUUAUUCAAUGUUUAUUUUUCA